UACCAGAUUUCAGAAUAAUGGCAAAUUUAAAAUGGCGCUGAGUGUUCUGUUUGCCGUUCGUGGAUUUCUUGCCUUCGUGGCGUUCAUCGAGUUCGUUAACGCACUUAGAUCUCUUACUUCAAGUUUGUUUGUUGACGCAGAGGACAGAUUAGACGUGUCCUUUGUCCAGAACAAGAUAUUCGUCGGGUCCGAGCUCUCCCUUGCCGCGGAGUCGAUUAUUUCUCAACUAUUCGGCUUCUACAGUCUUCUUAACUCGUGUGUACUCCUGGUAUCUGCUGUGUUUACCCACUAUAAACCUGUUGUAUAUCUGGGAAUACUAGCUCUAGGUUUCAAGGCCGUGUUCUACAUUAUUCAAGGGUUUCUUCUCCGGACUAUUCCUUUAACUGCAGGUCUUCAGGUGCCUCUACUGAUAACUAUUCUAGCUCUUAGUGGACUUCUCUUUCUCUCCUGUAUCCUCCAGGAAGGUUCCAGGACUCCUGUUAUGGGAUCAGAGAACGAGGACCUACUCCGACAAAUGAGGUUUCCCAAAUCUCGUAAAUCCAAAAAUUUGUAAUUAACCUGAAG